GAAGAAGCAACCAAGCCAAGGGCAGUCUUUUCACACACCAUCAGUUGUUUUCACCAUCAUCCUAAAUGAAGUAAAGGGGUAAUGACCUCAUCUUUCUGCUCUUUGCACACUAGCUGCAUCACAUAUUAAGAAGUAAAAAUGAGACACAUGACUGCAGUGUGCACACAGCCAUAUGCACUCAAACCCAAACAGGAUAUGACCGUGAGCUGUCUUUAGCCUUUGAUGAGUUGCAGGGCAUUCCUGACCUCGCUGUUACACACUAACAAACAGCAGUGAGCUCAUGAGGUGUAAAUAGCUCGGUGGGAGGGACAGAACGGGACAGCUGUGGUAUAAAUAUGAGAGAAGUCUCAUGUCCCAAACUACCUGAUGGGACAGUAACACGAAGAGUUAAGAGAAGUUUCCCCCUAAUCAAAGUCAAGUAUUUUGUCAAGAGCUGUCCUCCAACGUUGACAUGAUGUCCCAGCGUGCAGCCUUGAGCAGCCUGUUCAGUGAUGAUCCUUUCUUCAGCCAGGAGAGGCUGCUGUGGCCGCUACGUCGCGAGUCCCUUCCCUCACUGCAACAAGACUUCUUCAACCAAAGAGCCAAGCUGGUCGACAGUCUCCUGAGGGAGCUCCACGAUGGGCCCCACCUGCUCAAACUUCACCAGUUCCCUCUUGUUUCUUCCACUUUGUCGAGGCUGAGUGAUGGUAAAGAACAGCAGAGAGAAACUCCCAGCAUAGAGUUGCACAAGGAAGCUCAGCAGGCCACAGAAAACAACGGCGACCUCCUAGUGACCCUUGAUGCUCGAGGUUACGCUCCCAGUGACAUCACUGUCAAACUGGAUGGGAGGAGUCUGGCAGUGGUGGCCAUGAAGCAGGCUGGAGCAGAAGAAAGCCAGUCCUGCUCCUCCUCCUCUUCCUGCGCCUCCUUCUGCUCCUCAGCCUCUUCUCAGAUGGGAUUUGCACAGAGGAUCGAACUGCCUGCUCACCUUGACCUGUCCGGCCUCUCCUGUUCACUGAUGGAUGACGGACAGCUACGUAUCCACGCCCCCGUGGCAAAGCAGCCAAUCAGUGAAGAAUAUCAGGUGCCCAUUCGGUUCAGGACAUCACUUGAAUUUCCCAUUUCAAAGGACAAGACAGACGAGGAACACACAGACUAAUGCACUCAUGACACACAGGCCACACAACAUGAAAACACAUUUUUGACUUUUCAUGACCACCCACAUACACACACAUUUUCACUCCAAGACUGUCCAUAAAGAGCAAAGUAUACAAAAUUAUUACAAAAUAAAGAAAAUAUUUAUUUUAUAAUUAUUUGAAAUUUGUAAAAAUUGUUUAAUAAAGUGUUUGAUUUUCACUUUUAGCAAAGUGGUGUGUGCAUGGCGCAAGGUGGAUUAAAUAAAGAGAUAACCACCUUUGUUAUGGGCUGUUGUGACCACAUGAUGGUGCCAGCAACCAGCUUACACCAGUAAAUGGACAAGCACGACACCAAAGGAAGUGUGGA